UCGGAGACUUGCUUUAGCGUGGAAACGAAUGCGUCGUUUUGACCAGAGAAUGAUCGCUGUUUUCUUGCUUCCCAUUUGCUCUACUGCAUCUGAAAAUUCUCUACUUCCCCAACAAAGUUUCGCGGAAUUGAUAAUCGGAUUUUGAUUGAGAAGCUGUAUGUAAGGAUUUGAUUUUGGAGAUUAGGAUAUUUAUGUAAAAAUUGUUUAGGGAGAAAAUGUUGGUGCAGAGGAGAUUAAUGUGCUGGAGGAGAGUGUGGAAGUCGAUGCAGGCUGUGAUGGCGCAUGGUUUGCUCUUCUCCUUCACCCUUCUUCUCGCUCUGAAGCUUGAUCAUGUCUUCUCCCAUUCAUGGUGGAUUGUAUUUGCACCAUUGUUGCUAUUUCAUGCUGUGGUUGCACGCGGUAGAUUUUCCCUGCCUGCUCCAUCAAUGCCUCGUGAUCGACAUUGGGCCCCGUUCCAUUCGGUCAUGGCGACGCCAUUGCUUGUUGCUUUUGAGCUUCUGCUUUGUGUUCAUCUGGAAGAUAGCAAUGUUGUAGACUUGAAGAUCGUCUUCUUUCCCUUGCUUGCAUUUGAGGUAGCAAUUUUGAUUGAUAAUGUCAGAAUAUGCAGGACGCUCAUGCCUGGAGAUGAGGAAACAAUGAGUGAUGAAGCCAUAUGGGAGACGCUUCCUCAUUUUUGGGUUUCGAUAUCGAUGGUUUUCUUCAUUGCUGCCACCACUUUCACUCUUCUGAAGCUAUGUGGUGAUGUAGCUGCAUUAGGAUGGUGGGACUUAUUCGUAAACUUUGGGUACAUUUCAUUUUUUUUUCUCUCUUCUUGGACUAUCCUCUUUCUUCCCCUGAAUUUCUCUCCGCCGUCACGGAAGAUCUUCUUUCUCCUGUUCUACAGAAUAGCAGAGUGCUUUGCUUUUCUUGUCUGCACAAAGUGGAGCAAUCCAUCAAUUCAUAGGUAUUCACAUAUACCCGAACCUGGAACAUCUCAUAUGAUUGUGAGAUACCUUGACUGGAACAGAGGUCUUGUCGUAACCAAUGAUGAAGACAAUCAGGAAAACAACAGUAUGUGCAGUCUCCAAGAUAUUGGCGGGCAUGUUAUGAAAAUUCCUUUCAUUACUUUCCAGAUACUCCUUUUCAUGCACUUAGAGGGAACACCUUCUGCUGCAAGAAAAAUACCGAUCCUAGUUCUAUUUAUACCCCUAUUCCUGCUUCAAGGAGCCGGGAUGUUGUUCGCGACAUAUAAGUUGGUCGAGAAAUUAGUCCUGUUGUUACAUAAUGGGAAUGGUUCUUAUGGAAGAUACUUUGCUGCUACAUCCUCGGCUCGUGAAUUCUUUGGUUUCUUUCACCAUGGUGCAAGGCUACUGGGUUGGUGGUCUAUUGACGAGGGAAGCCGAGAGGAACAAGCUAGACUCUAUUCUGGCCAAGCGUCAGGAUAUAACACGUUCUCUCCGGACGCCAUGAAGAAAAUGCCGAAAUCUGAUCUUGUUGAAGAGAUAUGGAGACUACAGGCUGCAUUGAGCGAGCAAACAGAGAUCACCAAUUACAGCCGGCAGGAGUACGAAAGGCUUCAACACGAGAAGAUUCUGUGUAGAAUUUGCUUCGAAUAUUCGAUCAACGUGGUUCUACUUCCUUGUAGGCAUCACUUCCUCUGCAGACAUUGCUGCGAGAAAUGCAAGAAAUGCCCUGUAUGUCGUGUCCUGAUCGAAGAGCGAAUGCCCAUCUACGGUGUCUAAAUUCAACAGAGAGCUUUUCCCAAAGGGUAACUCUAAAUGGAAAAUAUGAUUCGUUUUCCAUUCUUCAUCUGUGUAUAUAUAUUGUAAACCAUCAAAAAUUUCAUGGAAUAGUUUAUUUAUAUAAAUGCCGUGGUGUACGCAUAUGAAAUUUUA